UUGCAUAAGCCGUGAUAUUGUGGAAUCAAAAGAUUCUCAUCUCAACCACACCAUUUGUUUUUCUUGUUAUUCUUUUCCAAAAGAAAAAAAGAAAAUAUUGUUCGCAAAUUAUUAACAACCGUUGGCCACAUUUACACUAAUGGGGUUACGCGACGACACGAAUGCGAUCACUGAAUCUUUCUGUCCGGAAUCACGAUAAUAUAAAUAAAUGAAUCUCUAUCCCCUUCUCCCUCUCUCUUUCUAAUAACAAUGGUUUCGCACCUGAAACUGAAACUGUGAUAUUAUUAGUUAACAUUUUUCUGUUUUGUACUUACUCCCGAAGAUGGAACUGAGCUUGGAUUUGAGCUUGGCCUUUGUCCCCGGAAGAACCGUUCGUCAGAUUCUUGGCCAGGUUGCUCAGAACGAAGAUGGGUCUCAGAGAAUGGCCACGCUUGAGGAUUUUCUCCAAAAGUUGGAAGAUGAGAAGAGAAAGAUCGAGUCUUUCAAACGUGAACUUCCUCUUUGCAUGCUCCUCGUCAACGAUGCUAUUACUAAAUUGAAAGAGGAGAUAAACGGAGGUGUGAGAAUGCAAGAAGAACCCGUGGUUUUGAAAACCAAUUCUGAAGGAAGUGAGACUUUAAACAUGGGUAAGGAACGCAGUAACAUGAAGAAUUGGAUGAACUCUGUUCGGCUAUGGAACGUUGAAUCCAAACCGAGGACAGAAGAGGACGAUCGAUGUGUCCCCGACAAUCCAAAUCAACCACAGAAUGAGACCAACAAGAGUAGAGGAGCAGCAUUAAAUGGAAACAAUUGUGUCUUAAAAACAGUGAUGAGUGAAGAGAAGGGGGUGUCACAGGUUCCCAGCGUUGGUUUGAUGAGACCAGUGUUUGAAUUGAAUGAUAGAAAAGCAGAAAGUAGUAAUGAACAUGGGUCGUCCUUGAUUGCAACAAGAUCAUUAGAGAUAAAGGGUCAAGCACAACCUCAGCAGAAUCCGAGGAAACAAAGGCGAUGCUGGUCACCAGAACUUCAUAGGCGAUUUGUCGAUGCCCUUCAACAAUUAGGGGGACCACAAGUGGCCACUCCAAAGCAGAUUAGAGAAGUGAUGCAGGUGGUAGGCCUCACAAAUGAUGAAGUGAAAAGCCAUUUGCAGUACAGACUUCAUUUUAGAAGACCUCAAGUUUGUUCGGUUGAGGUAGCUAAUGGUGGGUUAUGCCUUAUGGUAAAGGAUAAUAAUAAAUCAAAAGGGAACUUAUUAUCACAAUCUGGCUCUCCACAAGGUCCUCUUUUCUUAGGAGGGUCUGGACGCAACAGCAUGGACACAGAAGAAGAUGAACAAUCAGAUUGCCACAAUUGGAAAGGUGCUCUUCACCACCAACCAGAAGCUGAACUUCUAUGACCUUCUAAACCAUGAAAAUAACAGAUCUAACACAUACAAGGGACCCAAUCCAAUCGAUGUUCGAAUUAUGAGACUUGUAGAGUGAGAGAGGCAGAGAUUUUACACUGUUUCAGAGUAAUUUUAUUCAAUAAAUUUCCUCAGUUUACUACCUUCCAAACUUCCUGCAUUAGGUGUAAAAUACAAAACGCAUACACUUCUAUCAACUCAGAUUUACCUCUUUCUAUUGAAUCUUGUCAUAUUUUACUU